AUGCAUCGUCUUGCCGAUACCGAUGUACCUGUUGGAGUACUAAGCACAAAUCAAAUGAUAAAUAUACAAAAUAACGCCAUGAACAAUUUAAAUAAUCCACCACAAGGCAUUGGUUCCCAUACCAGCGGCCCCGCUACGUCAGCCUUUGAUGCAUUACCAAAACCUUUUGUACAAUCGAUGAAAACCUUAUUCGAUAUUUUGGAUGAUCAACGAAGUGGUUUUGUGAAAUUUGUCGAUAUCGAAAAAGGAUGGCAGGAUGAUGGCAGUAAAGGUUUACCCCGCGGUGUCAUCGAGUCGUUAAGAAAAGUGACACCACCCAGUGGUCUAUUGACAUUUGAACGGUUUUGUGCUGGCUUGAAAUUGUGUCUGCUAAGGAAUCAAAAUGGUCAGCAGCAACCACAACAUAACCUAGAAUCACCACAACAACAAAUAAAAAGACAACGACCACCCUCAGCACCCACAUUGGAUAUUGAAAAUCCAUUGCCGCGGAAUCCAUGGUCAGGAAAUAGAACUUUAAGUCUACCCCAGCUAAGUCCAGAUUCUGAGGUUGAUCUGCAAACCACAAAUAAUAUUAUUCGUUCGGUAUACAACAGCCCACCGCCGCCGCCAAAACCACCAAGGGCAUCGGUACUAAAUGCCAAUGCAGGAGGAAAUCCCAUCACAAAUAACAGCACUUCAGUUAACAAUGUCAUCAUGGAUAAAGCUGAGAUCCGCAACGCCUUGCAAAAUUGGCAAAUGGGUGUGCUGCGCAAUGAAAUCGAUUCGAAAGAUAAACAAAAAUCCACGAAUUUCUUGCAACAAUGUGGUUAUCGUGGCAGUGCCGAUGGUGGUUCAUCAUCGGCCACAGAUAGUGGGAAUUUUUCAAAUGCUCCAUUGAAAAAGGCCUCGGUUAAGCGACGGGAACCCAGAAGACAUACCUUACAGAAUGGUAUCGAUUAUAAUAUGCUCAAACGUCUGAAACAAUUUGAAGAGGAACGAGAGGUGCUGUUGUUGGGUUUAGAUGCCGUGGACAAGGCCCGUGAAUGGUAUUUACAGCAGUUGGUCAAUGUCCAGGAGAAAAUUAAAUAUUUGGGUAGAAUGGGUUCGACAAAUGAACAAUGGUCGGAGGUGCAACAGGAACGACUUAAUUUCCAGAGGGCACGUGUCCUUGAAGUUAAUCGCAGUCUAUCCGUAUUAGCCGACACCUGGGACCGUGGUGGUGGCUUUCCAUUUCAUUUUAAUCUGGCCUUUCGGACACCACCAAAAAUACCCUCCAAUCGAACGUCAACAUCCUUAAGCAAUACCAUAGCAGAUCGUUUACGUCAACAGAAUCGCCUGCUGGCCAAUGAGGGCCACUUGAAAAGUGAACGUAUUGUUAUGCUAGAACGAGAGAAACAGACUUUAUUAGCGGAAUUAUUUGAAUUGAAACAGCGAUCGGGUGCACGCCAUACCAAUAGUUAUUUGAAUGUUUUAAGUCAAUCAUCGCCCGGUUGUAGUACCUCAUCGGGCGGCGGUGGUGGUUUGGGUGAUGCUGAUGUUGUUUAUUAA